AUGGCGUCUCGGUUAUGCUGGGUUCGGGGCCGCCACCGCCGCCAUUUUGUGCCGCGGAGAGCGAGGCGCUUGUGCGUCAGCGGGGGAGCGAGGGAGCUGGGCGCCAUUUCCUUCCCCGGGGAGGGCGCCCGGUGGCAGCGGCGCUCGGGGACAUCGCGGGUCCCUCGGCGGUGGUCCGCGGGGAGGGGACCACUAGGGGCCGGACGCGCCCUGAGAGGGCUGCUCCUGGCACUGCGGCCGGCCCCCCGCGGUGGGGACGGAGCGGCACGGCCUGAGGAGGCAGGCGCCUGGAGCUGGGCCGCCGGGCGCCAGCGGGGAGGGACGGCUGGGCCGCGGUCUGCCCCCGGGCCCCGGCCCGGCGCGUCUUGCUGGACCCGUGGCGCCGCCGUUCCCGCGGCAGGCGGUGCGCGUGGCUCCGUCCCUUGUUGGUACGGGAGCCCGGAGGAAGGGAGGCCGCUGGAAGGGUGCCGGGGCGCGGUGCCCUUGCGGAGAGGCCGCUCGGGGCAGGGCUGGAGGGAGCGAGCACCUUACCCUUCCCCAGCCUCGUUACCUUCAGCCCAGCUCUUGUGGGGCAGACAGACCUCAUCAAAUCUGAUGGGUUUUUCCAGCUAAGUGACAAGGUUCCAUCUGGUACAGACAGUUGCUUUCACCCGUUUGAACAAGAUCCUGGAUUCUCAGGGGAAACGCUGUGGCAACAUUUAUGUUCCAGUACUACACACAUUGUGUUAGAAAUGUGACCCACACUGUUACAACUUUGUUACAUGAUAAGUACAUCACCAUUUUCUGUUUUAAAAUAUUUUUGGCUGAAUGGACAGUUUUUCAGAUAACAAUGUCAAGAACACUGGAAGUACAAAAGACUUUCAGUGUCUUAGACAAUACAUAUUAGCUUUAAAGUAAUUUUUACUUACUUCCUUG